AUGAAAGUUCAUCUUAAUCAACCAUCAAUAGUGAUUUGUAGAGUUAAAUCGGAUUCUCAUGAAAUCAUCAAUAAUAAUAAUAAUAAUAAUAAUAAUAAUAAUAAUAAUAAUAAUCGAUAUUUACCUUCAACUAAUUUACAACGUCAAUCACUUCAUCAAUCAUUAUUAAAUAUUGAACGAUCUGAUAGUAGUGAAGAUCAAAUUACAAUUAAAUUAUAAAUGGUUCAAUUGUUUAUAUUAAAUCAUUGUAAAUUGUUUUUUUUUUUAAUUGAUUCAUUACCUUCUCCUGUUUUUUACCCUUUUUAUUCUAUUAACUUGGUAACAUAAAUUCAUUUUAUUGUACAGUAAUAGAUACCUUGAAAAAAAAAGGGUGGAAAAAGAUGUUUCAACAACUCCUUCAUUGUUGUCAAUUAUCUAUUAUCGAUUUUUUUUGAAAAAUUUUUUGUUGUUGACAACAUUACUUAUUUACUUAUAUUUGUUACCCCUCGUGGAGGAACAUUGGGGCCGCCCACCCACACUCUCUCCAUUCAAUAUUACUAUUUGAUUAUUUUUUAUCCAUCUAUCUCCUCUAUUUAAACUUUUUUGUAUAAUAUAAGAAUCGGUGAUCAUGCAAAAAAUAAAAAAGUAAACAAACACACACGCACAUACCACAGACACACAUACACACACACACAAAUUACUCAAUAACAUGUAAUACACAAUUGUGUUUCAAACCUUCCCCCCCCCAAACACACACACAGACACAUACACAUUUAGAAUGAAUACAACAUUCAAGAAUUAAUGGUCUUUCAUUUCAUUCAUCUAAAAUAUCAAAACAAAUAUGUUGAAGGUAUACAAGUAUUUUUUUUCUUUUUCAAAAAGAAACAAAAGAGGGAAAAAUUGUUUUCUGAGUUGUUUGGUUUUACUUUUAUUAUUUGUUUUUAGUAACAAUAUGAACACAAUCACACCAUUUUUUUU